GCCCCGCCCCGCCCCGCGGUGCGUCCGCGAUCCGAGCGCUCUAAGAUGGCGGCGGUGGAGCCGGAAACUGCUCCCAACCCCCAACCUGCAGAAGAGGAGAAAACCGAGGCAACACCUAGUCAGGAGGUUGCCAGCCCUGAGCAGUAUAUUAAACAUCCACUACAAAACAGAUGGGCACUCUGGUUUUUUAAAAAUGACAAAAGCAAAACUUGGCAAGCAAAUCUUCGUCUUAUCUCGAAGUUCGAUACUGUUGAGGAUUUUUGGGCUUUAUACAACCAUAUCCAGCUCUCUAGUAAUUUAAUGCCUGGUUGUGACUACUCGCUCUUUAAGGAUGGGAUUGAACCCAUGUGGGAAGAUGAAAAGAACAAGCGAGGAGGCCGAUGGCUAAUUACACUAAACAAGCAGCAGAGACGAAGUGACCUUGAUCGCUUCUGGCUAGAGACACUGCUGUGCCUUAUUGGGGAGUCAUUCGAUGACUACAGUGAUGAUGUGUGUGGUGCUGUUGUUAAUGUUAGAACUAAGGGUGAUAAAAUAGCAAUAUGGACAACUGAAUGUGAAAACAGGGAUGCUGUUACGCAUAUAGGGAGAGUAUACAAGGAAAGAUUAGGACUUCCUCCAAAGAUAGUGAUUGGUUAUCAGUCCCAUGCAGACACAGCUACUAAGAGCGGCUCCACCACUAAAAAUAGGUUUGUUGUUUAAGGCGACACCUUCUGAGUAUUCUUUCAUAGGAGACUGCGUCAAGCAAUCGAGAUUGGGAGCUGAACCAAAGCCUCUUCAAAAGCAGAGUGGACUACAUUUAAAUUUGAUUUCCAUCUAAAUGUUGCUAAGAUUUGUGAGAAGUCUCAUUCGCCUUUGUCUUGUACUUCUAUGUUCAAUUUUUCUAUUUUAGCCAAAGUAACUGUUACCAAUUGGAAUUUUAGUACACUUCACCCCCCAAAUCCAUAAGUGUGUUUCUGGCCCACUCUGUAAUAGCUUGGUAGAAACAUUACUAUUGCAAAAAAAGAAUUUGUUUAUCCACAGUAUUCAGAAAAGAAGUUGCAUUUCUGUACCUGCAGGAAAUUACUCUGUUUCACAUUUGCAUUGUAUGCAGUAAGAUUUUGCUGGUUUGGAAAAGAGUAUGGUGCAUACAGUUUUCUAGCAAUUUUUUAAUACAGCAUCAUCUUUGCUGUAACCUCUGCUGAUGGCUGCUAGAUUAAUUUAUUUGUUUUCCCUAUUUGAUAACAUUAGUGAUAUUUUGAUUUCAGUUGUUUUUGCUCAUGUAACAUUUGGUGAAGAAUCUGGGAGUAUGACAAAGGUGGAAUAAACAUGAAUUUUGUGCAUUCUUUGGUAAUUUUUUGGUUUUUUUGUAACAUCAAAGCUUUGCUACAGAUUUAUGCAUUUCAGUCAAAUCAGUGAUCUUUUUGUGUGAUUUCCUGAACGUAAAUAUGGAUUUUUUUUUUUUAAUGUAACACCAUAAUUUACAUUCCUUACUAGAAAUAGUAUGUCUGUUUUUGUAUCUUAUGCUGUAUUUUAACACUUUGUAUUACUUAGGUUAUUUUGCUUUGGUUAAAAUGGCUCAAGUAGAAAAGCGGUCCCAUUCAUACUAAGACAGUGUACAAAACUGUAAAUAAAAUGUGUACAGUGAAUUGUCUUUUAGACAACUAGAUUUGUCCUUUUAUUUCUCCAUCUAUACAGCAAGUAUUUGUACUUCCUGUGACAAGGCAGUCUCUACUGUGGCUUCUGUUGUAGUGUCUUCCAAGAAAGAUAAAGUCUGGAGCUAUAGUCUGUUGAAACUUUUAAUAAACCUAUUAGAUAGCACCCUAAAUCAAAGUGGAAUUAUAUCAAUGUGGCUACUGGUUCUUUCUUAGUAGUUGGUCUAACUGAUCAUGGUUUUUGUUGUUUCUCUUUUGACUUCUGUUUUAUGCCCAACCAAGAAUUUUAAGGGUACACAGAAAGCUGCUUAGUUUCAGGUAGGAGCUACAGUGAAAGUGCUUCAGUGAGUGAUUCUGCUCUAAGGAUAUAAUGCAUAAAGUACAAGUAGAGCAUACCAGAGACAUGGCUACAAAUAAAAGUAUGAGUAUCUAGAUAGCUUGCUAUUACAUAUGUCUGAGCAGUUGAAGCUUUGUUUAUUCUGAAGAGCUGUAAGUUUACUUGGAAGUCCACAGGAUGGAGGAGAUUUUGAGGGUUGAGUUCACUUAUUUUGAGCAAAAGAUGAGAGACUUGUUCUUUCCACCUCUUGGAGCAUGCAGCAAAAUCAGUGCUUUAUUGCUGAUUUCUUGGUUUUUUUUUUUUUAAAGCGUGUGAUGUACUUAAAGAUCUUGCCAGGGCUAUGGAGCCUUUCUUCAGCUGAGUGUCAAGGCAGGUGCUUAUUGGGGUUUUGAUCUUUGUGAUAACUGAUUAAAGUGAGUUUAGUCACUGGCAGUGGAGCUUCAGUCACAUCUGCCUGAUGAAGGCACUGAAGUGUCUGUGUGCUGAAAUAGACUUGAACAGUUUUCUUGCACAUUUAUUCAGAAAUGUGUUGUAAGGAGCAUAUCAGACUAUGCCAAAAAUGUCUGGAUGAUUAUUAUGGCUGUUUAAUAGAAACACAUAGAAUAGACAUCUCUAGUAUCUAAAGAUGCUAUGCCUUUAGUAUUGGUCAUUAACCAGGAUAUCUGUGAAUGUGGAAAGCUGUCUAGGCUGUUUGUGUGCUGGUUUCUGUGGAUUCUCGUGUAACUGGUUGCCUGUCCUGAUUCAGCAGGUGUGAGAGCAAGUCAGGUUUGUUUAAUAGGUCCAUUGAUAGUAGAAUAUAGUAGUCCAUGCCUGUUUCCCAGCUUCAGCUAAUCAUCAGUAAUGCUUGCAUGCAUGGGUAUGUGAAGAUGAAUCAGCAUCCUGAGUGGUGACUCUGUGUGUAAUUUGGGAGCACGGUGGCCCGACGCCCUCAGAGGAGUGUCACUGGAAACAGAGGCAAUGCUGCCCUUUUGGUAAAAAGCAUUGAGAUUAACCUGAGUGCUGUUGUGAGAAUUACAUGGUAUUGGGUUUGUUCAUUUCACUACAGGACUGACCAGAGUAUUAUUUAGGGUAGCAGCAUUUUGUUCAUCUAGAAAAGCAAUUGAAAGGUUUUUUUGGUAUGGCCUCAGGUUUUUGAGCCUGAACCUAUUGAAGCAGCCAACUAAACUGUACUGUAGUAUGAAAACCGCAGGCAGGUUGAUUUGAGGUUCUUUGUUGCUCACAUAACAACUGCAGUGUUUCUAGAAGACUUGAGAGGAAAUUAGCUGGCAUGGUUGCUCUAUCAAACAUACAACCUAUGCCUGUAAUUCAUUUUUAGAGGAAGUAAAUUACCAUGAACCUUGUUUUCUCCAGCUUGCAAAUCACUUUGUGUUGCAUACUAAUGUUCUUCUGAUUAUAAAUGUGUAGUUUGUGUUUGUGUGCUGAGGGAGAAAGCUGAGAGCUCUCCAUUCUGCAUGUUACUGUAACAGUCACAGGCUCAGGAGAGGACAAAGCAGUAAAUGUUGAAGCAUCUCAUAUUGCUGCAGAAUAUUCAGUGUGAUUGAUUGAACUCCCACCUAAAGGGGAGGCUGUUAGUAAGCCUGGGAAGACUACAGAGUAAAUGUUUAAGGCAUCUUUUCAGAAGUCAGAUUAUGUGGUACAAAACCAGAGCAAGGAAAGUUAGCAGAAAUUGCUGUGCUAGAAGAGGUGUAAGAAUGUGCCAAAAUACAGAUGGGGCAACAGAUGAGGAAUAUGUGUGAAUUGUCAGUUUCUGGAUAUAACGUUAAGUCUUGGACUGUGCAAUGCUUUUUAUUGCCACUUCUGUUUGUCCUGUUGUGCUGUCACUGUCUUGUCUAUCAAGUUGUCUCUAGCUCAGGAAACUUAAACAUUACCUAAAUUCUGGAAACUUGGAAUAGUGGCUUUUAGCCAAGCUUGGAGUGAGCUCAAAGUUUUCAUCCUACCUAAUGGAAUCCUUUCUUACUAAAUUGCUUGGAAGAAGUACUCUGGACUCCAUUCUGGGACUCUUACUAAAUGCAAAAAAAACCCCAAAAACUUUGCAUUUUAGUCUCUGGAAGUGUCAUGGAUCUUCCCUUUGAUAUGUGACCUCCUAUAUUUCCAAGAAGCUUUAUUUUUGAGUCUUGGCCUGAUGGUUUUAAAACUAGUUUUUAAGAACACCCUGCACUCAAGUGCUCUACCAGACAGUUAAGCUUGAUAGUUAAAACCAUAGAGCUUUCAGGCUGCCUGGCACUUAACUUUUAGAGGACUUUGCCCUCUUAGUGAUUUCUGCAAAGAUUUUUGUGAAUAGGUUUUACUUAGGUCUUAAAAUAACUUCUUAAAUGCAGAAUUUGUGCCUUUUCCCAUUGGGCAAGAAACAGGCAAAUGAAAAUGACAUGACCAGGAAGGAAAUAGGUAUAACUAUUUCAUUUCAAGACAUUUCAUGCCUGUCCAUCUGAAUUCUUUGGAGGGCAGAAGUGCAGAAUGCAUUAGCAAGCCAUGUGAAACCAGUCCUGUGGAAGGCACCUGCUGCAUCUUUCUAUCAUUGCUGUAGAGCUUCAGGAGCUGUUCAAUCCCAAAGGCUUGCCAUUUUUGAUCUCUUUGUGGGACACCCAUUCACUGCAGCUGCUUGAACAGGUUUUCUGUCUUUUAGAAGUUUUGUAUUCUGCCAGAAUUUCUUUUCAGGUGUCUGGCUCUGGCACUGCAGCAAAGCCUUUAAUAAGCACUUAAAUUCCUUCCCCUGUGAUAAAAACCAUGGUCACCCUUCCUCUUGCCUGGUGGCUGUCUGGCACUUUCCCAAAAGACUAUGGGAUUCCCUCCUAGCCUUCCUAUUUUGAAAUAAAGCAGGUUCUGAUAUCCAGAGCUAAAUGUGAAAUAUGGCUGUGCACAUGAUGGUUGUUUAUGCUUUGCAGCAUUAACUUGUUAUUUUGUGUGAUGCCUUAAAUGUAAAAACAUCCUAGCUGAAGUUUGCCUGUUGGUGUCAGUUUGCCUGCUAACCAAACAACUCAGAUUUAUUUUUUUUUAUUCCCUGCUAGUACUGAGCGUGUGACAAGCUUAGCUGUGAAUUUGUGGGGUUUUAUGACUGCGUGGGGUUUAUGACUGCCUAUGCUUUUCUUGUCUCCAUUUUUCUAAUCCUGAUGCUUUUUGAGCCUUACUAAAACAUGUUUAAUAAAGGGGAAAAUUAACACUGA